GGCAAGCUUUAGCAGCGCUGCGCUGCCAUGUGUUCGGAACGAGAGGCGAAAAGAAAGCCGAGUCCGUCUGUGACCUGUAUAAUUUAUUAAGGUCGUGUCCUUCGCGCCGCUGUUGAUUCAGACACGCGUGGAAUAACAGGCAAGCGGCAUGAAUGGACUCAGAAACGAAAACUUUUUUGCCCGUGGAACUUCACUGCUAACCGCUCUUAUCAUUCUGAAGGCGACAGUGGUUACAGCUGUUGCUCCACCCCAAGAUGUCCAGUUCAGCUCCUGUAAUCUGAGGAAUGUCGUGGAGUGGAGGCCUGGGAACAGAACAGGAAAUGGAACGCAGUACACUGUACAAUAUGCAAUAUACGGUGAUGGAGAGAAGGACCGGGAGAGGGUGGUGUGGAGGACCAUGAAGCAGUGCAUGGAUGUGGUCCAGACCUCCUGUGACCUGUCAAAUGAGACCAGAAACCUGGAUGACCAGUACUAUGCCAGAGUGAGAGUUACCGGCCCCAAUGAAGUUUCAAAAUGGGCCACAACAGCCAAAUUCUUCCCCAAGCUGGACACCACAUUUGGACCUCCCAUUGUAAAAGUCACAGUCAAAGAGAGAAGCAUAACUAUCAAGCUGAAAGGUCCAAUGAGAUGGAAGACUGUGAACAGCAAGAAGGAGUACUCAAUGGCAAAAUACUACCGUCAUAUGAUGUACAACGUGUCGGUCUACAACAAUAGGACCAAGCAAACGCUGUUGUACCAUAUAAAUAACAGCUCAAUGGAGCUGGGUGUGCUGGAUUUUAGCACUGAGUACUGUGUCUCUGCACGCGCUCUUUUCACCUCCUUGGAUUACAAAACCCAGGAGUCUGACAGGAGAUGUGUGACAACGGAAAAAGAUCCUUUCAUGGUCCAGAUUCUGCAGGUGACACUGGGAUGCAUUUUACCAUCAGCGAUCAUCCUAUUCGUCCUCUUGCUGAGUGGAUGCCUUGUGUACCACUACAUUUUUGGCAAUAAACCAAAACCCCCCUCCAAUCUGGUGGUGCCACAUCUGCUUGACAUGCAGAAGUUUUGUACCGACGUGUUUCUUCUUAACUUGAACCUCAGCAUUACGGUUCCAACAAAUCAGCAGCCAGAGGAGGAGAAGCCUCUGGCUCCUAUAGCCAACCGUGUGUCUGCACCCCAGUCCUAUGCUCCGCAGGGCGCACCCCGCGGGGGCGAUGGCAUGGUUGGGGCUGUGUCUGGCAGCGAUGAAGGCAGCGCUGAUGCAUCAGGCCGGAAUUCGCCGGUGUGGGUGGAUUCGAGCAUGCCCUCGGACUACGGGUUGGUGGUGAGCGCUCAGAAGCCCUUGGCGGAGAGCGAAGUCACGCCAGAAGGAUCCUGCUGUGAUGACGUCGCUCUCCUGCAGCGGGCGCCACUCACGCAGGACGACAGCACAGUCUGGGCACUGUGCGGGCCACAGUCCCGACAGGAGGACAAAGCGGGGCCAGUGUCGUAUAAUCAACAGUCCCAACAGGGCAACAGCGCAGCGAUGGCAUCAUACAAGCAACAGUGUCAGUGGGACAAUAGCACAGUCUGGACAUCAUACAAGCAACAGUCUCAACAGCAAGACAGCACAGGGUUGACAUCAUACAGGCAACAGAGUCAGGCAACCCAGACCAGUGUGGAUCUGUCAGAAAUGGAAGAUCUGGAGCUGGAUGGGAGCAUUGUGGUGGACUGGGACCCGAGCACCAGAAAACUUCAGAUACCUCUGCUCUCUGUAUUCCAACAAGAGCCCGAGCAGCAGGAGGAGAGGCCAGAGUGUGAUCAGGAUGAGACCAGUGAUAUGUUGUCCAGAGUGUUUGUCAGGCAGUCAUCUGCCGAGACCAGCGAGCAGGAUGCCUUGACAAAAAUGGAAAACAACUGGGCACUAAGGCUCAAUAUAGACGAAUGAGGUAAAAUGGAAGGAAGGCUACACAGGGUCACUCAGCCAGCACCACUCAACCAAAACUACUUCUAGGGCCUCAUCAGCUGCAAUUGUGGAGGGCCAGGUAUUCCAGCUCUCUGUAAACCUCUGUCACAAAGAACAAGGGAGAAAAGCUAAACUGGUGAACUGAUCAGGACUGAGUAGUUCUGGCAUAAGCACACUUUGAACUUCUAUACUGAAGGAUAUAGUCGUCACAAAUAUUAGCUUUCCCAUGAGGUGGAUUUGGAGCAGUAAUGUAACAAAGGUGCAUAUAUCUCAUAUUUCUAUGCAAAAAUGAAGGAAAUACAGAUGGAAAAUCAUUUAUUCUGG